AUGUCUGUCUAUUUAAAUUAUUUUAUUCGAUCUAUCGGUCCUAUUAAAUAUACUGGUACAUCAUUUUCUUGUUAUUGUAUUAUACAUCGACGGUUCUAUGCUGAUAGAAAAUCAUCAUCAAAUCAUUACGAUGCUCUUGGUAUUAAUUCCAGUGCUUCUCCAAAAGAAAUUAAAACUGCGUUUUAUAAAUUAUCAAAAAAACAUCAUCCCGAUGUAAAUCCUGAAGAUGUUAAUGCUGCACAUAAAUUUAGUAUAAUUUCAAAUGCUUAUGAUAUAUUAGGUGAUCCAGUUAAACGACGUGAUUAUGACAACGAAUUAUUAUCUCGAACUUCAGCUUCUGAUCCUUAUGUUACCUAUGAUAGAACAAGUACUUAUGCUCAACGAGCUCGUGCUCAUCGUCCUUCGUCAUGGAAACCACCUCCAGCAUCAAGUAGUAGUUCUUCCAGUGGAGGUUUUCAAGGAUCUGAAAAUGCAUUCGGAAGUAGUCGAAGUACAAGUUAUGGUACAUUUGAUAAAGAACGGUAUGAUUCAGCAUUUGGUCGAUAUCGUGGUCCAACACCAAAAGGACGUUCAACUGUAUAUGAUUUCGAUGAAUUUUAUCGUGCUCAUUAUAGUGAUUUUCAAAAUUGGACUACAACAAGAAAACAAGCACAGGAAAAAAUGCGACAAGAACAACAGGAACAAGAAACUAAACGUCAAGAAAAAGCGAAUCGUAGUGUAAUGACGAGAUUUUCCCUAGUAGCUAUCUGGUUUAGUGUUGGAAUAUUUUUUGUUUUUUUAUCGAGUCGAUUACAUGAAACAAAUUUUCAACAACCACCAGAGCAAUUGUAUUCGAACUUUUACAUUAUCCCAAAACCAACUAAACCAAAAUCAGCUGGAGAAUCAUCAACUAAAUCUUAA